AUGCCUCCUCAGCACGUCGAGAUCGCAGAGACCAUCGCGGGGCUCAAACGAGCUAUCCGUAGGGAAAAAGAAGCUCCCACAAACCAGCCCAUUCACGGUGCGACCAACAGAGGAAACAAGUUGAGAUAUGGUGCCAAUAACGUCCACUCUGGUGCCCUUCCAUACCCGCAUAGUAUCGAGGGCUAUAAACAGAAGAUCGAACACGCUGGAUAUACGCGCUACAUCCUCGACAGAAAUCCCAGGCGAUACAACGAAUAUGGCGAUGAACUAGGUGACAGCGAAAGCGAUACAGAAGCAGACGAAGAUGCGCAGGACGAAAACCCAUACAGCGGGAUUCGCAUUGAGGAGCUCUUGGGCCCUCUUAAGCACCCCUCCGAACUUGCAACGCAUCCCACUUUGUCCCUCCCCUUCCUCGAUCCUGCUCUCCCCGAAAUGGUCAGGACUACCGAAGACAAACUGCGCCAGGAGAGAGCCAAUCUUUGGCGCGCAAAGAACCAGAACAGACAUUUUAUUGGUGAUGAAUCUUGGAUUCCAUCCCAGGUUACAGAAGGUUUGGACGAUUGGGAUUUGUUCGAGCCCAAACCUAGGUUGCCCGCCCUCUCACCUCGCAAAAAGCGAAAGACAUCAAGGAACGGGAUCCUCCAAAAUGGUAUUGACGGACGUGACCACGCCAAUUCUGGAGACCACGGCACUGCGGCUGCACUCGACAAAGAUAAUCCAUCGCCAAAGGACACUUCAACUGUGGAAACUCCUGACAAUGAACAAAAAGUGGCGGAAUCAACAAAAGCCUCAGCCACUCACGAGGUUGAUAUGUCUGAAGCAGAUCAACCAGCUACCAAUGGCGUACAUGAAGAUGCCGAUCCUGGCGAAGACAACAGGUCUGGCGUGAAACAAGCCCAAGAUGGGGAAGAUUCGAACAGCCUAGAUGCCGCAGACAAAAUGGACACUGACACAGAAGAGCAAAACGACGAAGAGCUCCCCAACGAUGGCACACCGGAAGCACCUACACGAAGAAUCACACGAGCACGUGCAGCCGAGCAAGAGGAGUCAACGGCCGACUCCCCCCAUUUCUCUACUACGACGACCGAUUCAUCACUACUCCAAAUCGACCCCUUAUUCCUCCUACCACCAUCAUUGGCCGCAAGCCAACGAGCCCCAAGACACCUAGCCCGCCUCGGCCUACCGGUCGAAGAAUUCCUCGAGACCAGACGCCUGUUGACCAUGUACAUACAAAAGCAAGAAGAAAGCAUCCGUGGCUACGAAGCACUUCUGGCGAAGCUGAUAAGGGCGAAGAGAAUGCGCGACAAGGUUUGGGAGUGGUGCAAAGCCGAAGGACACGUGGGCGAGUGGUCAGACGGCGAAGACUGGAUCGAUGCCGAAGCCUGGGGCCUGCAGCCGGAAGAGCUGAAGAAGGGUAAGGACGAGGAGGAGGUCGAGGGCCAGGAAGACACAGGCAGGAAGGGCAAGCGCCGCCGCAGAGACUAG